CCUCCUUACUGACCAAUGGCAGUGUUCCGCAGGUGCUCCCGCGCAUCAGCUGGCUUAAUCCAAUCUCGUUUCUCGUCUCGAGCUCGAUUUCAACACUCAGCAACAGAGUGAGCGCGUUUGGUUUUUUGCAACUUUUUGCCGCUGCUUCGUGGCUAACUGAUCAAUUAGAAAUUGUUCUCAAGUCUGAUUUUACUCUCUUAAAAAUUCACUUGUGUCCCACGCUGACUCGUUCGGCCUGACAACGUCAUUUUCUCUGAUGAAUUCGUUAUUCUGGUAUGUAACAUCUUGGAAAUUUUGCCAUGCCUGAAAUCGAAAUCAAUGGAGUGGUUGUGGAUUUUCCCUUCGAUCCUUACGAUGUCCAAAAGGUUUACAUGGAAAAGGUCAUCGAAUGUCUGCACAAGGGAGUCAAUGGGGUGUUGGAGUCGCCGACAGGCACGGGUAAAACUCUUAGUCUGCUGUGCGCUUCCCUUGGCUGGCUCAGACUCAAGAAAAGUCAAAUGCAGGCGCAAGCUGCACAGAGAAGCGCAGCUGGCGGACCUAAUUCGGUCACGAAUGUCAUGCAAAGCCUUGGAUUCUCCUCAAAGUCAGCAGUACCUCAGGAGCUCAUGGGCAUAAAUUAUCCUAAAAUCAUUUACGCCUCUCGGACACAUACCCAACUAUCCCAAGCGCUAAAUGAGCUGCGAAGGACCAAUUAUGCCAAAGGUUUCAAGAGCACCAUUAUUGGUUCAAGAGAUCAGCUGUGCAUUCACUCUGAAGUAUUGAAGGAAAGCAACAACAUGAACAAGAUUCACAUGUGUCAAAAGUUUGUGACGGCGCAUUCUUGCGUCUUUCACAACCGCUUCGAGGAAAUGAAGAAUGGCCCCAUCAUCACUGAGACUACUGGAAUUGUGGACAUUGAGGAUCUGGUGCGGAAGGGCACUACUCACAAGUGCUGUCCUUACUACAUGGCAAGGGAACUGAAGGACAAUGCUGACGUUGUUUUCAUGCCUUACAACUACUUGCUCGACCCUCUAGCUAGAAAGGCUCAAAACAUUCAACUAGAUAAUAGCGUGAUUAUUUUAGAUGAGGCUCAUAACGUUGAAAAAAUCUGCGAAGAGGCUGGUUCUCUGCAGUUUAGAAGUACUGACGUUGCGCUUUGCAUCUCAGAGAUUACGAAGGUGAUGAAAGAUCUCGUGAACCAUAUGGAGUCGAAUGGCUUUGGUGUGGAGACUUCUGCCUCUGUUAGGGACUUCAACCAGGACGACCUAGUGCUGCUGAAGACCAUGUUUUUACGGCUGGAGAGUGAAAUUGACGAGAUUGAAGUGUCUGGCGAGGGCACCACCUACCCUGGCCAGAAAAUCUUUGAAAUUCUGGGCAAGGUGGACAUCUCUAGCAACAGCUUGGACCAUUUGCGGCCUGUGGUUGACAAACUGGUUCAGUAUUUGUCCACGAGUUCCGUCUCGCCAGUGCAGAGGAUGGGCGCCGGCCUGCAGAAGUUUUCAGAGCUGCUCUCUGUUGUGUUUACUAACAGGGGAGACAGAGAUGACCCUAACCAGUCGUAUUAUAAGCUAUAUGUAACUUUUGAGGAAGCCAAGUCAACAAAGAAAACUUGGUUGGACACAAAGAGUGACAAGUUUAAGAAGGGUCGAGUUCUUAACUACUGGUGUUUCAGUCCUUCCUUUGGGAUGAAGAUGUUGUGGCAGCAAGGUGUAAGGAGCAUUAUUUUGACGUCCGGAACGCUCAGCCCGAUUCCCCCACUUGUGCAGGAACUGGGCAUCAACAUCCCAGUGACCCUUGAAAACGGUCAUGUGGUCACUGGUGACCAAGUGUUUGUGGGUGUUGUGUCAUCUGGUCCAGAUGGGACCUCCCUCAAUUCUUCCUACAACACUAGAAAUGACCCUAAGUACAUUUCGGCCCUUGGAAGAACAAUCCUAAAUUUCAGCAGAGUUAUUCCUGGUGGGCUGCUCGUCUUCUUUCCCUCCUACCCGCUGAUGAAGAAGUGUCAAGAUGAAUGGCAGGGUCUCGGAAUUUGGUCAAAAAUUGUAGAGAACAAGUCCAUAUUUGUUGAAUCACAAAUCCGAGAUGCAUUUGCGAGCAACAUGGCUGAGUAUUAUGAAAAAAUUCAUGGUCCUGAUGGCAAAGGCGCUUGUUUCUUGGCUGUCUGUAGAGGAAAGGUUUCCGAGGGAUUAGACUUUUCUGACAACAAUGGACGUGCAGUGAUAAUCACAGGUUUGCCUUACCCACCCUUCAAGGAUCCUCGUGUUGUCCUUAAGCAGCAGUAUCUGGACACAGUUAAAAACCGGGAUAAAACAGGCAUUUCUGGUCAGAUGUGGUACCAACUUGAAGCAUCAAGGGCUGUCAACCAAGCCAUUGGUAGAGUCAUCAGGCACAAAAGUGACUUUGGUGCUAUUCUGCUCUGUGAUACAAGGUUUGGCAACGCAGGGUUUAAGCAACAGCUUUCCACCUGGCUGCAGCCUCACAUUCAAACGUACACUCAGUUUGGCAGUAGCUAUAAGGCUGUGAUUGAUUUCUUCAAGAAGACUAGAACUAUGUUUCCAGCAUCAGACACGCGAAACCUGUCAAGACAACCAGCCAACCGUGCUGGCAAUAUUGAGAGUAAGGAUCUGGACCUCACUUCAAGAACAGCUGUCGGAUUCAGUCAGGCCACUUCGAGAAAGGUGGCCAAGAGUUUGGGUGGCCCUCCUCCGCCCAGCUUAAGCACAAGCCAAAUCAACAACGACAUCUUCAACUCCUCACUGGACUCUCCAGUAGCCAUUUCUCCAUUGGCACCGAAGAAGGAGAGAAAAGCUACUGUAAGCAAAGGCCUCUUCAACGCCAUGCAAGACACUAAGGUUGAGAGCGUCAUUAACUUCCACGAAAAUGUUGAGGUGGAUUUUUACAUGCCAAAAUUCACGAGAAACAGCUCCAGUUCAAGUUUGAGUUCUUCAAGUGGUUUGAAAAGAAAAUUAAUUGAUCCUAUUCAACCUUCGACAAGUAAAAUGACUUCUUCUCAGCCGGAACCUACUUCAAGUGCCAUGGUUAAACGAGAAGCAUCAAAAGACUACUUAAUGAAGAUAAAGUACGCAUUAAGUGCUGAUGAGUACAGGAGCUAUAUCAGGAUGGUGAAGAAUUACAAUAUUGACAGCAAUUUCAAGGCAUUGAUAGAGUCACUAGAACCUAUGUUAAGAGACAAGAAUUUGAGGGUUGAACUCUAUGAAGGUUUUACGCGAUUCGUCAAAGAAGAGCACAGGACACAAUACAAAGCCUUCCUCGCCACUUUGAAUGGAAUGUGCAAAUGAUAAUAUCAGAGAGGUUUUUAAAAUUUUCAUCGCUCAUCGAUUAAAGCUAUUUUUAUACUUUGAUCAUCCACAUGCUUAUUUUUUCAGCACAUUCCUAUUGAUGGUUUUAUUUCAAAUGUUUUUAUCAAUGGCUUUUUGAUAAUUUAAUGGAGCUACUCAAAAAAUUAACUUAAUGAUUAAACAGGACAAAAUAUCACCUAACUCUCAA